UGUAUCAUAGAAAAUUUAUAACAAAGGCAAAUGUCUUUGCAAACUUAGCUUUGAUAUCUGAUACGGGUGAGAAGAAAAGAAGGGAAUGUUUGAAAAUGAAAUGUAAAACAUGUAUUAGCUGAAUUUCUGAUAUAAGUAGAAGCAGGAAAUAUCAACAGUUCAUCAAAAACAGUUUCAUGAUGCUGAAAAAUAAAAAACCAUAAACACUGAUUAGAUCAUGCAACACCAACUAAACAAAAUUCACUUCCCUGAUGAUUAAGCUGGGUGUCCAAAGAGUUAAUUUACAGCAUUAGAAAUGAAAACAAGAUCAAAUACAAUCAUACGAGCAAAAUUUUAUUUUAAAUAAUAUAAAGUACCAUAUACCCCAUAACAUGUGUGGGAAUAUAGCAUUUCAGUGACUAACAAAAUAUCUGAAGGAUUGUCUUUAUUUUUCAUCAGCCCUUGUUAUCUCCGAUAUGAGUUGGCAUAGAUAGGACAAAUUUUGGUUGAACAUCACACCUUGUUAGUUCUCCAUGGCAAACUGCUUCCUUCAAAGUGCACAACCAUAUGCCAGUUUUUAAAAACUUGCCAAGUCAACUCAGUGGCUCAGCUGAAGCCACCUACCAGGUCAACCCAGUAAGUGAAGUCAACAUCAUCAAAACACUCAUUCAAGACUUCGCCAAGUCAUGACACAAUAAAGACUGGGAUGAGGUUCAUAGGGUUUUUCAUGCAAUAAAUCAGGUUAUUCAAGCCUUGACUCAAUUCACUCAAACAAGUCAUAAUUCAUCCAAAAUCAGGUGUGUUUUCUUCAUUACUUUUAGAAGCUAAGGAUUUUAACCUUUUUGUAUCUUGUUUGUUGUUAUUCCCAAAUGGCAAAUACACUCAAUUUAGAUUGCUUGUGAUUGAGUUUUUUCAUUCAUGUUUUGUGCUUCCAACUAUUUUGGAUGACUUUUGCUAUGUAUUUAUGAAUCCCUGGUUUUAGGUUCUACCAUUUUGUUUGUUUCAUUCACCUUCCACAAAAUCCCUGUCAGCAUUUGGUAGUGACAGCAGGGUGAUGGUGAUAUAAAAAUUUUUCCAACUACAAUUGAUCAUUUAUGUUGUUAUAUAUCUAGUUUUUUGUGUAUAUGUAUGUAUUAUUUCAAGUCUCUAUGAUCGAUUGUGGUUUAAAUCAUGUUUAACUAACACUGCUCUGUUUUGGUAAGAUACUUCCGCAAGUACCUGUGAUACUCUUGUUAUAUGUUGAUAACAUGAUUAUCACAUGAAGUGAUGAAAAGGAGGACAAAGAAAUUAAAGGAUGAGAAAAAGAUUUUUGAGAUGAAGGAUUUAGGUUCUCUUACAUACUUUCUAGGAAGGAGGUAACAUUUUCCACUAGAGGAUAUUUUUUAUAUCAAAUCACGUUUGCUAUACAAAUUAUAGCUAAAUUAGGCAUUGCAGAUGACAAAACAGCUGAACCUCUAGAGUUGGAAUAAAAAUGAAGCUUGAUGAAUGAGUGCACUUAGAUAACGCUACACCCUAUAGGGCUAUAAGCAACUUGUAAGGUCCACAAUGCAUUUCAACGUUAUCCAAAGUUCCAAACAGGCAGUGCUCACGCAAUUCAUGUCGUGAGCCAAUUUGAACAUGCUCCAACAACAGUUCAUACGGAAGUUGUUCUUUAGAAUGUCAGACAUAUCAAAGGAACAAUAAAUGAGUGAGUUUUACAACUGCUUUUUGUAUUGCUUUAGGUAAGUCCUAAUUGCAUGGAAGUGCGAAGUUUCCUUGUCCUUUAGAAGUAUAAUAUCAUGCUAUGGCAUCAACCGCAAUUGAGAUUAUUUCGCUAUGGCAUCCCUUAUGUGACAUGGGAACCUACUAAGUUGUGUUAAUGACUAAAAGUUUCAAUUACACUGCCAAGAACCAUACAUUUCAUGAGCGAACCAAGCACAUUCAAAUGGAUUCUCACUUUCUUCGUGAAGAAUUUCUGAAAGAAAACUACAGAAUUGCCUAAUGUGGCUUCUAAAUUCUAGCUUGCAGAUUUCUUUACCAAGGCCUUAUGUUCUCUGAGAUAUAAUAUAUUUGUGUAUAUAUUAUAUCUAUGCUUAUAUAAAUAAACUUAUAUAUUUAUAUAUGUUUUGUAUAUACAUAAAUAUAUAUAUAUAUAUAUACUUAUCUAUGUAAUUUUAAAUUUUUAUGUAUUUGUUAUUUUUAAUUUUUGUCAUUUAUUAUUAUUAUUUUUGUUUAUAUACUAUUUAACAUAAUCUUUGAGAUUAUUGAAUACAGGCCACAUUCUCAUUUCAGAGCUGUGAUAUUUAUUGGGUCUAAGUGCCCUUGUUUAUUGAUUGUUAUAGCCAUUCAGCAGCUUUACUAUCAGCCUGCUCCCCCUUGGCCUCUUACAAUAAUGAUGUCUUGCCCUCUACUUUGGAGCAAUUCAUCUCCGACUCUCCAAGCAAUUGCUUCCCUCUCUCAAACACAACAUCAUUGGUCCAGCUAUUCUGUUGAUUCAUUCUAGAGAACCUUGUCAGUUGCCUUCACCAACUCUAUAUGAUCAUUCACCUGUGAAGGAAGGGAGCCUACUUAGGUCACAUCCCCAAUUUUUUCCUGAGUGCUUGCUUGUUUGGCGUGAUGCUCGUUGCUUACUCCUCCAGUGUCCACACACGCCCCUUGUACCAUAAAUUUCAAAGCAGGAUAGUGUAUCUGAAUCAGUUGCCUUUUUUUUUCUGUUGCAGUGGAAACUUUCAUUUCUUAUGUUCACUUUCCCGUAAUGCUUCUAGGCAGUUUUAUCUGCUAUCUCUCUUCACCCUCAUUGGAGAAAAGAACCAGUCUAAUUCGAGCCUGGAGGUUGCACUUUCUCACCAAAGUGAACCAAAAAACAUAGUGUGCAAUUUAUAGCACCGAAACAAUGAAGACAACAGAAUCUAGGACAACAUCCUAGAGAACUUAGCCUUAUACUUAAUGUAUAACUCACUUUGAAGAUGUUUCCAGCAAUGUUGUACGUAUCGUACGAUACGUGUCGUCUCGUUUGAAAAAAACGGUACGAUACACCCCCCGUAUCGUAAAAAGGGGGUGUAUCGGCCCUGUAUCGCACGUAUCGUACGAGACAGGGCCUGUAUCGUACGAUACAGAGCGAUACACCCCGUAUCGUACGAUACGGGGCCCGAGACCUACUUAUUCGGCUUCUUUUUGAAAUUUUUCUUCCGUUCUUCAUUUCUAACGCUUGGAUAGUGCCGUGAGGGAGGGCGAUCGUUCAUUUUCAGUGUGAAAAACUUGAUUUUCAUCGUCAAAUCGAAGAUUAAGUGGUUGAUUUGUGCGUGGGUGCUUGAUUUUCGUGGGAAGGAAAGGGGUUUUCUUCAUUUCAGACAUUUCUUCUUCGUAAGAUAUGGAUCCUACAUGGCAAUGGUGCGAAAGGGUGAAGGAGAAUAACCGUUUGAAACUCAAAUGUGGCUUCUGUGGGAAUACACUUUCAGGAGGGAUUAUUAGAAUGAAACACCAUUUGGCAGGGACCUCCAAAGAUGCGUCUCCUUGUGUUGGAGGACCAAACAAACCUUUGCCUCCAUUUGUGCGUCAACAAUGUUUAGAUAUGCUUCAUGUUUUACGUCAAAAGAGAAUACAAAAAGAAAUUGAAGAUGCAGAUGUAGGCUAUAAUGUGCCUUUGGAAGAUGAAGAAGAAGAGGAAGAAGCUUAUGAAUGUGAUGAUGAAGACGAUAGCAGUCUAAGAACAGAUUUGGAAACCUCAAGAAGUAGAGAUCGUAGAGGAAAAGAGAUUAUGUAUGAAGGAUGUCGAUCUGGCAUAACGGGAAGGAAGAGGAGAGGCACAACAGAUAUUAGGGCCAGGCGUGGUAUGCGACCACCUAGUGGUAGAGUUCCUACUGGUAGGUCUAGUGUUGGCUCUAUUAAGAUUUUUUUCCCUUCAUAUACCAGCCCAGGUGGUCAGCCGCAGAUUCGUGCUGCUAUGACAUCUAAAGAUAUGCUAUAUCAUGCACAAAAGCAGGUAGGGAAAUGGUUUUAUGAUGCAUGUAUUCCAUUUAAUGCAGCUAAUUCUUUUCAAUUCCAAGCCAUGGCAGAUGCAAUUGCUUCUAUAGGCCCCAGAUUCAAAAUGUCAUCAUAUCAUCAGUUGAGGGGCAAAAUUCUUCAGGAUACAGUCAAAGAAGUGUCUGAGCAUUGCGAUGAGUUGAAAUUAUGUUGGAAGGAAACAGGUUGCUUCAUUAUGUCAGAUGGUUGGACUGAUACAAGGUCAAGAACACUUGUAAAUUUUCUUGUUUAUUGCCCUAAAGGUACAAUGUUCUUGAAAUCUCUUGACUUGUUUGAUGUUCCUAAGACUGCUGAGAUUUUAUUCAAUGUUUUUGAUAAUGUCGUACAAGAAGUUGGACCUGCAAACAUUGUACAGUUUAUUACAGAUAAUGCUGCAAAUUAUAGAGCUGCAGGAGAUUUGUUAUUUCAAAAGUAUAGAACAUUUUAUUGGAGUCCAUGUGCCACUCAUUUUGUUAAUCUAAUGCUUCAAGAUCUUAAUGAGAUGCAUGAUAUGAAAUCAGCCAUUGACCAAUGUCAAGAGGUAACAAAAUUUAUCUAUAAUCAUGCAUAUGUAUUGAGUUUGAUGAGAAAAUUUACAAAAGGAGUUGAAUUAAUACGACCUGCACAAACUAGAUUUGCCACAAAUGUAUUGACUGUGCAGAGUGUGGUGAAACAAAGAACUCCUUUGAGACAGAUGUUUGCUAGUGAAGAAUGGGCUGCAUAUCCACAUGCUCAUAAAAGAAAUGCUUCUUUAGUUGUGGAUAUUAUAUUCAAUAACGUAUUUUGGGAAUCAUGUGUGAAGCUAUUGAAGGUUUGUGUUCCAUAAAUUAAGGUUCUCAGGUUGGCUGACAGCGAGGACAGACCUUCCAUAGGGUACUUAUAUGAGGCUAUGGACAACGCAAAAGAGACAAUUCGAGACAACUUAAAGGAAAAGAAAAAGUUAUAUAUGCCCAUAUGGAAGAUUAUAGAUAAAAGGUGGACUGGACAACUUCAUCAACCUCUUCACGCAGCAGCUUAUUAUCUAAAUCCUGCAAUUAGAUUUUCUCCUACAUUUAAGAAGGAAAGAGAAGUCAUGCAUGGUUUGUUAGAUUGUAUUAAUGUGUUAGUGGAAGAUUCUACAGAACAAGAUGCUGUACAAAAUGAGUUGGAUCUAUAUGAUAGUUGUUUUCGAAACAUGGGACUACAUGUCGCCGUUCGAGCCAGGACAACGAUGCAUCCAGGUAAAUACAUAGAAAUUUUUAAUUUACUUUGCAUUUGUUACAUUUGAUUCUUUUAAAACUUUCACAUUGAUUUGUUAUAUUUUUGUUUAGAUUUGUGGUGGAAUAGGUAUGGGUUUGAUUGUCCAAACCUAGCACGUUUUGCAGUCAAAGUCCUCAGCCAGACAUGCAGUGCUAGUGAAUGCGAAAAGAACUGGAGUGUGUUCCAACAUAUCCAUAGCAAAAAAAGGAAUAGGCUCGAACAUAAAAAGUUGAAUGACCUUGUCUUUGUUCGACAUAAUAUGAGGUUGAAACAAAGGUAAUAUAGGCAUAUAGCUUAAUUAAUGUUUACAUUUUUUGUAUAAUAUAUUUAUAUGAAAUUAUAUACUAACAAAUUUUCUCUUAUUUAAUGUAGAAAAUUAGAAAAAUCAUUAGCAAGGAAGCACACAUCUCAGUUCGAUCCUAUCAGCUUGGAAAAUUUUGAUGAUCUAGAGCCAUGGAUUGAAGAAGAACCAGCUACAAUAUUUGAUGAUGAAGAUCUUGAAUGCUUCAACCUUGAAGCUGAAGCAACAGAAGGCUUUGUUGAUGAAGGAGAGUCUGCUACUGCUGGUGCUGAAUAUGUUGGUGAAGAUCUUCCAAUUCUUGACGAUGAAGAAGAAGAAGAAGAUGAUGAAGAUUAUGAAUGAUGAAUCAUGAAUGAGAGUCAAGUCAAGAGUGCUUUCAUUUUAUAUGUAUCAAAAAGUUAAAGAGUUAUGAAUCUAUGGUUGUUGAAGUGUUGAACACUUGAUUGAAUGUUUUAUGACUUUAUCACUUUAUGGCUUCUGGCCUUACGCUUUGUUGAAUGAUAUUGUAUUAUUGUUAUGAAUUUUGAUGUUUAUGAAUGAUGAACGCGUAAGUUUAUAGCAAUAAUAAGUCUAUCAUUAUCUCAAACAUGUUUUCUAUGAACAAUUUAUUAUUUUUAAUUUUUUCUG